CACGCAUCCGCCCCCUCCCCCACCACCUUCCCCCACCCAAACCCCACCUCCUCCCCGUGUCAAAACCUCCGCGCCCCGAAGCGAUCGCCAGCUCAGCGCGCCGGCGACGGCGGCGGUCGCCGGAGGGAAGAUGGAGGACGUGAUGGACUCCGCGGUGGGGCCCCACUUCAGCGGGCUCCGCCUCGACUCGCGCCGCCUCUCAUCCUCCUCGCUCCCGUCCCCCACCUCCGCCAACGGCAACGGCAACGGCGCGGCCGACGCCGCCAAAGGGCUCGCGUCCCCCAAGCCGGACGGGACCAGGCAGCCCUUCGUGAUAGGCGUGUCGGGAGGGACGGCGUCGGGGAAGACCACGGUGUGCGACAUGAUCAUCCAGCAGCUCCACGACCACCGCGUCGUGCUGGUCAACCAGGAUUCAUUCUACCGCGGUUUAACUGAGGAACAGUCUGAGCAUGUGCAAGACUACAACUUUGAUCACCCUGAUGCAUUUGAUACAGAUCAACUUCUGGAGUGCAUGGGAAAGCUAAAAAGUGGGCAAUCUGUGAAUAUUCCUAUAUAUGAUUUUAAGAAUCACCGGCGAUGCUCUGAAAGUUUUAGAAAGGUCAAUGCAUCAGAUGUCAUCAUUUUGGAGGGGAUCUUAGUUUUUCAUGACCAAAAGGUUCGUGAUUUGAUGGACAUGAAAAUUUUUGUUGACACAGAUGCUGAUAUUAGGCUUGCUCGACGUAUAAGGCGUGAUACAGUUGAAAGAGGUAGAGAUGUUAUCUCGGUGCUUGAACAGUAUGGGAGGUUUGUGAAGCCUGCCUUCGAUGAUUUUGUCCUGCCUUCCAAGAAAUAUGCUGAUGUGAUCAUACCAAAAGGGGGAGAUAAUCAUGUUGCAAUUGAUUUAAUCGUGCAACACAUCCGUACAAAACUUGGUCAGCAUGACUUGUGCAAAAUCUACCCAAAUGUCUUUGUAGUUCACACAACUUUCCAGAUACGAGGAAUGCAUACUCUGAUUCGUGACAAGAACAUUACAACACCUGACUUUGUUUUCUACUCAGAUCGGCUGAUCCGUCUGGUAGUUGAGCAUGGUCUUGGGCAUUUGCCAUUUACAGAGAAGCAGGUCGUUACACCAACAGGAUCUGUUUACAUGGGAGUUGACUUCUGCAAGAAGCUCUGUGGAGUGUCUAUUGUUCGAAGUGGUGAAAGCAUGGAAAAUGCUCUGCGUGCUUGCUGUAAGGGGAUAAAAAUUGGUAAAAUUCUAAUACAUCGGGUUGGAGACAAUGGACAGCAACUCAUAUACCAUAAGCUUCCAAUGGAUAUUGCUGAACGUCAUGUUUUGCUUUUGGAUCCUGUGCUUGGUACAGGUAACUCAGCUAAUCAAGCUAUUGAGCUUCUUAUAAGGAAAGGAGUUCCUGAGGACCGGAUCAUUUUUCUUAAUCUCAUCUCGGCCCCUGAAGGCGUCAAUUGUGUCUGCAAGCGCUUCCCUCGUUUGAAGAUUGUAACCUCAGAGAUUGAUGGCGGAUUGAACGAGGAAUAUCGGGUCAUCCCGGGACUUGGAGAGUAUGGGGAUCGCUACUUUGGCACAGACUAAUCCAUGCUUGGAACUGCUGUAGAGCUAGUUGGCAGUGUGAAAAGAUACUCAAGCUAGAGCUAACAUCACCGUGACAGAUAUACUGGUGUUUGGUUGGUUAUGAUAUACUGGAAGCAAACGUGGAAAGGUCUUUCCCCGGAGUUGCUGAAACCGUGUGGUCUUGUCCAUUAUCACAUGACUGGGUAUUACUGUUGGUUCUCUUGUUGUGUCCGUGUGUGACAAACAGAAUCUGGUUUGCAUUUUGAAGCUCCUGGCUGAAUGGACCUGUUCCUCCUCAGUUACAGGCCCGCGAAAUGUAUGACUAAACCCUGUUUCCCGGCUUCCAACAGAUGCCGUGCGAUCUCAGCUGUGAUUGAACUGAGUUCCCGAAUGAAAUUCAAUGGUAGUGGCAAUCAUAAUUGCAGAGUA